UCUGAAGGAUUAUAUCUCAUUAUAUGUGAGCUUGUUAUGUCAAUGACUUCUAUGUACGGCCACUAUUCUGGCCAUUGAUUUAAAAAAAAAAUGAUGGUUCACACUAAGUUCCAGCCAUGAUGUCUCAUCAUUGUUUCCAGAGCAGCUUCAGCGAUAAUGUUGUCAAAAGUGCUGGUGGGUGUCGCCCUGUCCCUCCUCAUCCUUCUGACUGUGGGGGGUAACGUGCUGGUGUGCCUGGCUGUCUGCGCCUCGCGACACCUCCGGUGUCUCACUAACUGCUUCAUUGUGUCGCUGGCUGUGACCGACCUGCUGCUCGGCCUCUUGGUCCUCCCUUUCUCCGCCCUCCACCAGCUCAGCGACGAGUGGCCGUUCGGCCCAGGCUUCUGCAACUUUUACGUCUCCAUGGAUGUCAUGCUGUGCACCGCCUCCAUCCUCACUCUGCUGGCCAUCAGUGUAGACCGCUACCUGGCAGUGACCAUGCCUCUGAGACAUGCCUCACUGGUGUUGCCAUGGAGAGUUGCAGUGGCCAUGGCCAGUGUCUGGACAGUGUCUGUGGCUGUGUCCUUCUUGCCCAUUCAUAUGGGGUGGAACACUGUCAAUGGGACGGUGCAGAACAACGGGCCGUGGGCUCCGAAGGGGAAAUGUCGCUUCGAGCUGAACCGACCCUACGUGCUGACUGACUCUCUCCUGACGUUCUACCUGCCUUUGGUGGCCAUGUGCGCGAUCUAUCUGCGCAUACUCCGUAUCGCACGGGCACAGGCCAAGCGCAUUAUCAAUGCCCGGCCCACUUUUACCACUCACUACCACAGCAGGAGCAAUUCCACCAGCACCACUGUAGUUUCCAGUGUCACGGCAGUGGCUCUGCGGGAACAUAAAGCUACACUGACACUGGCUGCUGUGAUAGGGGCUUUUGUUGUGUGCUGGCUGCCGUACUUCAUCCUGUUCACAGUGCUGGGCCUCAAGGAGCACCCGGACCCCAGCACAGUAUCAGCAUAUCCCAUUGUGUUGUGGCUGGGUUAUGCAAACUCAGCCCUCAACCCGAUCCUCUACGGAGCCCUAAACAGGGACUUCAGGUCAGCCUACAGUCAUCUACUGAGAUGUCGGUGCCCCAUUUACAGUGGAUGGAGGAGUCGACAGCCAUCGCCCACUGUAACAGCAGGGCAGGUCUGCCAGAUCAGAGCUUCACGCUUCAAGACGUGGACCGGACGACCACAGCAGCGGUCCAGUUUGCAAAUGGCGCUGCAGACACAGACGUCCACGGGAGGGAGGAGUUAACUGUCCACCGCCAGACAAGUGAAUACCAGCAAUGAAGGUGGACGCUGUGUUCACAGAACAAGGAUCCAUCCCGAGGAGACAACACACCAGACACACACAAAAAGACGAGCCCCGGUUUGCGGAAAGCGUUCGGUGCCGCAGCAGAAGCACCUCACAUGCCAUCUCCACGCAUCGUUAGCAAGAACGGGCUCGUUCGUACUCCAUCCAGGACCGAACCAGUGAAGACGCGAACGUGGACAAAGCUAAAUAUUGGAAGUUGUCAAACAUGUUGGACUUACUGUGGUUUCAACUUCGCCGUUUUGCUAACUCAAGACUAGCACGCCAGCGGGAAACAUGAAGUGUCACAAUGCAACGGAACUUGUAAUUAAAUGUUGGAUGUUUAAGAUGAAUGAACAAAAAAAAAAGGUGAUGCAUAGACAUUUGAAUGUGUUGACGUGGACAUCUGAUUGAUACUGUUGUUAUGUGUCACUUCUGAAAAGCCUCCAGAGUGUGUCUUGGCAGAUGUAGCAUACGUGUUCCAUCAUACUUGAAAUCUAAAAAAAAAAAAAGUGCCAUCGUACUAAUAAAUAUCAGAUUAAAUUA